AUGACAGAGCCCCUCCAAAGUCCCUAUACUAAAGGGAGCACUCUUACACUAAGCGUCACAGAUAUUGGCAAAAAAUCACCUCUGCAGCUCGAGAAUGGCAGUGAGAUAAGAGUAAAGAUUGUGGACGUGAUGGAGCCGGCCACAAUGUCUGUCAUUGCUAUAGUCGAGCUCGAGUCACCUCAAACGAAGCAAAAAUGCGUUAACUCCGGCGUCCCUUCCAAGAUGAUCCUUAAGCUGUACGACCGUCGAUUCGCUUUGGAUCUCCGGGAAGAAAUUAAGGUCACCGGGCCCGCGACUCGAGCCACAGAAGACGAGUUUGUUGCAUCCUUACGUCAGGGCUCCAUGCCUAGAUUCCUCGCGAAAUAUGAGGAAAAUGAUACGCUUGGGUCGGGCGAUUGGGACACACCAAUGAAAGAGGCCUACUUCUCUAUUAUGUCUACCAAAAUGCACCAGACAGAAACGAAGGUCUAUGACUGCCUCACGGACCUGCAAGGGAUUCAUGUGCCCACCUUCUACGCCAAUCUUGACUUGGCUACGGAACCUACUGCUGGAGAGCAGCUGGAAGAGAGUAUUACCGAGCACACUAGAGUCAGGGCGAUUUUGAUUGAGCAUAUCUCGGGCUUCCUUUUGUCUGAUCUGGUGACGGAGACGUCGGAAUCGGAAUGGCCUGUCAUCUGCACUCAAGCAAUAGAGGCUGUGAACAAGAUUAUCGACUUCCAUUUUAUCAAUCCUGACUUGCAGCCCAGGAAUGCAAUUGUCCACCGAAGAGAAGAGCGCUCGUACCAAAUAUUCUACAUAGAUUUCGGCAUGUGUUAUUUCCGGGAUCCUUCCGAUACCGAUGAGAGGUGGAGGGAACGCAAACGUCAGCGAGGUGAGGAGGCUGCAGUAGGUGGUUCCCUUGCCCUCACUAUCUCAAAGGCAAAAGGAAAGAAAGGUAAGCCUUACAAAGGGCCACUUCCUCUUCCUUGGGCAUAUAUCCCCUCGGGUCGCUUUGAAGGACAAUAUCUGGAGCUGUGA